UUUGGCGCCAAAUGUACUUUGUAUAAAAUGUCAAAGGGAUCUACCUUGAUAAAGGCGCUAUGUUGCACUGCUUUUGUGUUCCUUUUUCUACAGAUUAACAAGACACAUCGGUUAAACCAAGUCUUUCUUAGGAGUUACGCCUCCUUGAACCUAACUAACUUUCUAGAAAUUCAGAGAAAGCAGAGACUCGACUCGGAGACUUUCAAUGGAACAGACGUUUGUGGUACUUUCCCUGAAACAGUUCCUUCAAGAAACCCCAUGCGUAUAUUGUAUGCUAUCAAUCUGAAGGACAGCUCCAAAGUGUUUCCGAGGCAAUCUUUCGAGCUACUCAAGUUGCUUACAGCUAAUGUUGCUUCAAAGAGCUUCGUGUCUAUAUACGAGAGUGGAAGCAAAGAUGAUACUUGCAAAAAAGUCAAAGAAUUUGCCAAAACUCUAAAGACUCUGGGAAUUGACCACUUUGUUCACUGUGGGAAAUUGACUAAAGGCAAAACUCAAAACAGGAUAGAUUUCAUGGCAAACUUGAGAAACGCUGCAUUGAGACCUCUCUUUGAGAAAACAUUUACUGCAGAUAUUGUGGUCUUCAUAAAUGAUGUUUUCUUCUGUGCUACAGACUUGGUUCAUUCCAUCGAAUAUUUUGAAAAGGGAGCUAACAUGGUUUGUGGAUUAGAUUUUGAUAAGAGAAUUUCUUUCUAUGAUACUUGGGUAGCCCGAGACAUCUCUGGGAAAGUUUUAGGAAAUAGGCAAAACUGUGAUAUGUUCCCAUCCAAGGAGGAUCGCACUCUCUGUCUUCAAGGCAGCUGUGUACCAGUAUACAGUUGUUGGAAUGGAAUAGUUGCAUUUCAUGCUUGGCCCCUUAUUGAACGUCGUCUACGAUUUAGACUGGCAGAUGCAGCUUUGCAAGAAUGCCCUUGUUCUGAGUGUACACUAUUCUGCAAGGAUCUUUGGAACAUUGGUGCCAAAAACAUAUGCGUUGACUCUCGUCUUCGAGUUGCCUAUGAGUCCAAGGUCUUUCUGAAAGCAAGAGAGUUUAUGAACUCUUCAUCUCCCAGAGUAGAAACUCCAGGACUAUUCUUCAACAUUACCAAACCGGAAAAAUUUCUUUGCGAACCUCUCAAUUUAUCAUCAAGCAACACACAUCCCUUUAGGAAGCAAGCAUAUUGGACUUCAACGGACUGAAUAUCUUAAUAAUCAGGUCAAAGUGAUUAUCAUUUUCAUAACAUUCCUCUAUGGAGAGUAGAAAUUCCCCGGCUGGAAAAAAAUAUACAAACCAAAGAAAUGUUCAGGUUUAGAC